GUUGGUAGUGGACCUGGAUUAGCCUUCAUGGCAUUUUCGGAUGCCAUUACACAACUUGACGCCUCGCCAUUUUGGGCAGUUAUAUUUUUCUUUAUGUUGAUUCUUUUGGGAAUUGACUCAGCGUUUGGUCUGUUGGAGGGAGCUGUCAAUCCGCUUUAUGAAAUUGGAUUGUUUCCAAAGAAAUUAAAUAAAUCAAUUGGAACAGGUAGAGUAGAAAAAAAUCAAAAUCUCUUUUAAUAAUAGUAUAGAAUCCCACGUUAACACUUUACCGGAGAAGCAACGACGACGGUUUAAUAUAGCAUUUUGCUCUAGCAAUAACUGCAUGUUAUAUAAGGCCACCAUUUGUUGUAUAUUAGUUUUUUUCCCGCCCGCAUCAUCAUCAUCAUCAUCUCUUGUUCGCCAUUCAAAUUGCCAUUAUUGCAAUUUUUGACCAUUAUUAUAAAAUUUGUAAUGUCUUCAAAGCGAAAUUUGAAAGAAAGACAAUUAGAAAUGUUCCCAAACCAAAUGUUAUAGUUAAAAUACGAAAUUUCAUACCAAAACUUCCAGUUUCUCCCGCAUUUACGUACACGCUUAUCAAAUAUGCAAACUCGAGACGACUUGGCUACAAAAUUAUUUCAUAUGUGGAGCGGCCAUGUUUUUAAUAUGAAAACAUCGUUUCAGUUGCACUUACGAAUUUUGUGCUGUUUUGCAAUGCUGAAUUACAGGGUAUGGAAACAUUCAGAAAGUUGCAGCUGUAUAAAACAUAUACAACGAUUCCUGUAUUUUCCGGUACGCACUAUAUAAAUGCUUAAUGCGCACUUUUUCAAAGGUAAAUUUUACGGAGAGGGGAAACCCGGCAAAUAAUGGCAUAAUGGUAAUGGCCCGCCCGCCCGCAUCAACUUUAGGUGAAGCUCCGGAUGAGAAACUAAUAUACAACAAAUAGUGGCCUAAUAACUAGAAAUACAUGCAUACAGUAACCCCUCGCCUUUCUCAUUAAAGGCCAUUUUCCAUUAAUUGCAGUCGCUUUGCCCGCGCGGGCGGACCGACCAAUUUUAAUCAUGUGAAAAAUAAGUCGCCGGGCACGCCAAGAAAGUUGAAUGUAGUUUUACUCAUAGAGAUUAUAAAUAACACUAGAGGAGGCAUUGUAAUCUUAAUUCAGUAAAAAAAGGGGAACGCGACUAUUGGGGGGGCAAAUUCAAGUCCCGGAUGUGUAUUCGUGUUCCCAUUGGUGACGAGUUUCAAAUCAGCCAAUGAGAGCACGAUUUUAUAUCCGGGACUUGAAUUUGCCCCCCAUUAGCUGCGCUCCCAAUUUUUAAACUCGAUGGUUCAUACCAAUAAAUUACCCAUAUAAGUAGGACAUAUGCAGUGAUCUACUCUAAUGCGCAUAUCAAACAUAGACAAGCAUUUCAAAUUUAGAUCAUUUUUAGGUCUGAAUUGAUAUAAACAUAAAUAUAAAGUCCAAAUAAACGCAUGGAGGGAUAUAAUAUAUAAUAAAAUGCAAAUACUGCUAUAUCAAGAAAUGUGAUACAUCGGGCCAGAUCUCCCACAGCGGUCUGCAGUGUUGGCCUUUGCGAGAUUCCAUAUACAACAAAAACGACGUUAGCAUCCUUUUACUAACCCUGAAAUUCAAGGAAUAUGCUGCGCAAUCGUUUAUCUUUGGUUUAUGUUUUAUGAUGUGCUAAUUAUACGUACAGUUGAGCGAGAAUUCUUUAAAACCAGGCAAUAUACGAACAACCAAAUGCGCAGAUAGCGCCUGUAUUUACACGCAGACUUGGUUGAAGAAAUACCCAUUUUGCCCCCAGAUAUUUAGGACGAAACAACAAUAAUUUAGUAUCGAAAUGCUCGUCACAGUGAAGCGAUUCUGAAUUUGCUCCUACUUUUGAGACUACGCAUGCUCCAAUUGGGAUAUGCCGCUUUUUCGUCUGACCGCGCACCUAUUUCGCGUGACGACAUAGAGAUUUAUUCUAUCGGAUUACAAAGUUUCGAAACGAUUUUGCCCCUAGUAUAUUAUUCAUUUUUCGGCAAAUUUUGACGUUUAUAGAUAGAAUUAUGAACAUAUUUUAUGUAUCCGUUCCUACUUUUUAGAAAAGCAUUAAAAAUAAUCUCUAAUAUACGGUUUUGUUCAUAAUUUUGGCGAUUUUCAACCAUUUAUCGCUGAAAUUUCUGGGGACUGGGAACGAGCUCAGGUUUAAUAGGCAAAUGUCCAAAAUUUCUUGCCAUGUUACUUUCAUGGCGUGUCCGCGAGCAUUCAGGCGGACAAAAAAUGCACAGGAUAGACAACUACAGAAAAAGUUGAGUAAUGUUCGCUCCGCCCGCUCGGGCAAAGCGACUGCAAUGGAAAAUGGCCUUAACAGAUGAAGUAUACAAAUUCCACAUGAAAUAUUUCAUGAUUAAAAACAAUAGUGCAGGCAGUUGCCGUGGUAUCAUUGAUUUGCCAGAAUCAUUGAUUUUCAAAAUCUAGAAUGUAGUUUUACGGUACUUGCCUUUCAAUAGACCAAAAUUUAAUUUCAAAUAAAAACAGUGAAACGUUUCGAAACUUUGCCGUGAAGCUGCAAGGCCAGGCAGGGGCGUGCAAGGGAAACUGGAAAACUCGUUUUGCUGACAGUAGUUUGCUCGAAAAUACGGUAAAAUAUAUUUGCUUUACUUAGAUUUGUUAGUUAUAUUUUAAUCAUGCUACACACAAAAAAAACUACUGAUGCGCUGUAUUAAUGAACUAUAUAGUACAUCAUUACUGGAUUUCCAGCUUGCAUUAACCCACAUUAUUGAGUUAGAAAUGGCUUAAAAAUUUCGCAGAUAAAACUUGACAAAACAAAACAAAGCAAGUAAGCCAUGGAAUUUUACUACUGAAAUGUUUUAUACACUUACCCAAACAUAGUCAAAACAACGAUUAUUAAAAAACAUCAGUGAUCAGGUUCGACCGAGCUCACGUCCUCGGGUUCGUCUUUGACAAAAUUCGUGUUUAUUUAUGCCUUCCAAAUUUUGUUUCACGGUUGACAGCCACCAAUAAAAAAAAUGUUUUGCAUUUUUGUAAACUUUUUCACGAAAUUUUUUAAAUCGAAAAAUUAUGCUGUGUGUUAACAAAAAAAAACAGCAAAAUAGUGUGAAAAUACAUGAAAAACAAAAUUUGCGAAACGAAAACAUGCAAAAUGAAAAACAAAAUUUUACCCAGAGUUUGUACUCGCGCAUGCGCAUAACGUCAAAAACCGUCCAUCACAUAAUGGAGGACAACCAUAGGACAGCUUUGCACUUCGCUAUGUUCUCACAUACCCAGGUAGUAAUUCGUGGUGUCAUGGUCGUGCAUGAUAACUGACAUGUACACUGAUUUGAUAUCCUAACCUGUAUGCAGAUCAUGAUCAAGCAACUUGGAACCGACAGCUUGCAUGUCUUGCUGACAGGAAUUUAUUCUCUUAUGCCUCCAGACCCUUUUCGCUCGCGUGGCGUACGAUGCGCAUUGCAUCCAAUUAAGGGGUAGUUGCCAUUUCUUAUUUUAUGAUCUAUUAUAAUUUAAUCUGGUAUAUUUCAUUUUGAUUUGUAUGAAGGAAUUGUUGCUGUAGUCUUGUUUCUGAUUGGUUUAUCAAUGAUAGCUGGGAAUGGAUUUUACGUGUUCCAAAUUUUUGAUGAUUAUUCAUCUGCUAUACCACUACUGUUCAUUGGUCUAUUCCAGUGUAUUGCGGUUGCUUGGGUGUAUGGCAACAACAGGUGAGAGUUACACUGUUUAUUAUUAGCAUGACAAAAUUACUGGAUGCUGAUUGGUUGAGAGGAGUACAAUUAUUUUAUUAAUUGUACUGCAGUACAAUUAAUAAUUUUCCCAAAACAAACAAAAUGGCGGAAACGUAUUUUAAACACAAGCGUGAAAUGAAAUUGCCGUGGAGGAACUAGAUGAAAAUACGAACAAAAGCACCAAAUUUUGCUUUAACAAAAGAACUAAAUCGAAGUCGAAGCAAAAUUUUACAGCUGCGGUAUUAUCAUUGCUGGGGACUUCAAUCGUCUUAAUGUGAAUCAUAUAAUUAAGCAUUUUUCGGUUGAAACAAAUUGUUAAAUCACCAACUCGAGGCGAAGCAAUACUUGAUCUAAUAUUAACUAAUAUGCUCGUAAUUAGUUAAAUUUACUUGUAAAAAAAAAAUACGCAAUUCAGCCUAUGGCUGCGAAGUAUUUUAUUAAAUAUAUCUAUCUAUCUAUCUAUCUAAAUGAAAAUACAAACAAAAGCACCAAAUUUUGGUUGAAAGUCUGGCAGGACUGGGCUUUGGCAAGAUAAUAUGAUGUUGACAUUGACAUUGAGAAGUACGUAUCCAAUUGUGUCAUGCUAAUAAUAAACAAGUAAUCAUGUGAUGUUGCUCGUACAAUUAAGGAUUAAUAGUACUCGUGAUGUUUGGUAAUUUACCAAAUUGGACUCGCCCCGGCGGCUCGUCCAAUUUUGGCAAAUUUCCAAACAUCACUCGUACUAUUAAUCCCGAAUUGUACUCGCCAUCGCAUGAUUACCUAUACUAAUUUCAGGGAGUUAAUUUAACUCCCAGGAGCGGGUUGUUUAAAGCUGGAUUAGCGCUAACCCUUGGUUAAAAUUUAACCCGCUGUUUUAGUUUAAAGGAAUACCGAAUGGUUUUCUGUGCAGGAUUGCGUGAUCCAUGCACGAGGGAUGUCGCGAGACUUUCAGAAAGCGUAAAAAUACUCGAGCCGCAGGCGAGUGUAUUUUUACGCUUUCCGAAAGUCGAGCAACAUCCCAAGUGCAUGGAUCACGUUAUCCUGCUUGGAAAACCAUUUGGUAAUUGUUUUAUAAAAUAACUACAGUGAAAGAAUAACAUUUUGAGAAUCCCGCGAAAAUCCCACGAAGGCAUUUUAAUUCCUCGUGCAGGAUAGCCUGAUCCUGCACGGCUAUUGACCAAUCAAAUUGCGUGUUUCACUGUAGUUAUUAUAUAAUAUGUAUUUCUGCACGUCUGUUUAUUUCAAAACUUCAGAGAAGACAACUCCUACUGAUCAUGAUGAGAUUUCUAACGAAAUAUUUCCAAAUUUAUAAAGUUAGCAAGCUGUUGGGAAGUUUGCUUUGAAUUUUAGGUAAACCUAGAGUUAACCUAAUCGGCUUUUGAACAACCGGCCCCAGUAGUAUUUUGUAGCCGAUGGUCCCGAUUUAACUCAAAUAUGAAGUAAAAUUGGGUUCAAAAUAACUCCACUGGAGAUUAACUCCCUGAAAUUAACAAGGUAGGGACUUAGUUUUAUUUAGUUGUCCAAACAACAAAUAAUCGGAAAGUUUUUCCUGAACAGUCUUAAACCGAAUGUGUUGCUCGUCGACGACUCAAUCCUGUCUACGUUGCUGUGCAUACACUGUGCUUUCUCUAAUAUUACAUCCUUGAUCGUGUGCAUGCAAUACAAGCAUCUCCAAACUGCACUCGUCUUUUAGAUUUGCUGACGAUAUUCAGGAGAUGACAGGCAAACGUCCUUGGAUUGGCUGGAUGAUAUGUUGGAAAUACAUUUCACCUCUGGCUUUGAUUAUACUUAUCAUUGCCAUUUUGUAUGACAUGGGUGACAAAGGCAUUGGUUAUUGGACAUUUGUUGCUUGUGAACAGGUACUUACCGUUACCGUCACACCUUUUUUUAAAAAUAUUUCUUUGUUUUAUAAACUGCAUGUAGCUCAAUCUAGUUCGUUGAAGCAAUGAGCCUGGAAGUAAGGUUAGACCCUUAAACGAAGGUCGGAUAACGCCAAUGAAACUAUGAAGUGUAAAAAUGGAAAUGUAAAAAUGUCAAUUAUAUAGUCUUUAAUUUAAUUAUGGAUCUUAGUGGGAUUUCGCCAAAGUCCGUGUGCAUAAUAAGCUUCCAUGCUCGCUUGCGGCUUGCCUUUUCAAAAUACACUCGGACUUUGAAAUCCCAGUAAAUCCUACUAGGAUUCACUGUUAUCCUACGACUGAAUCAAUAUACUCAGUAGGCCUUCGCACUAAACCAGAGCUAUAUACAAUUCCAUCAGAGUCCCAUAUCAAAGAUAGGCUACCUCUGAGCGUUCCCUCCUUACAAUGAAUUUUUAAUAAAGAUCAAUUUAUUAAAAUAACUUGAAUUGUGGUUUCUUAACAUAAUAAAUAAUGUCAAAUUACAUUGUUGUUAUAUUGUCGCGACGGCAUAAAAUCACAUCCAUCAGCAGGUGACACUGUGCCUUUGAUGAGUCAACGCUCCAAGCCUUUGUUGGACGGAGCCCAUCCACUGUGCGCUUAUGCUUAGUUGUUAAUGCCUUGGUUAUUGAAUAACCUCAUAUAACUCGUCAUUAUAAUUAUGAAAGUUAUAUAAUUUAAUGCAACUUGUAAUGUAUAUAUACACCAUCAUUUUACAGGAUCCAUUCAGUAGCAAAUACCCUGGAGCUGCAGCCUGGUUAUCGCCGCUAGAGUAUCCCGGUUGGGCAAAAUUCGUGGCUGCCUUGGUGAUCAUGAUAUCGACCGUUCCUCUACUGAUCUUCAUGAUCAUCAGAUGGCCGAAAGAUUGGCGAGCAAAGUUUCACGAGAAGUUAUUUACUUCUAUCGAAAACUAUCAUCCUGAUCCGCCUAAAAAGAAAGACGAUGUCCUUGGAUAUUAGCUAACUAGUAUAUAUAUAGUUGGCUAGCACGACUUUGAUAUUGUAGCACAGACAUAUACAGGGUGUAUUAAAAAAGUAGACAAUUUUAUAGUGACCACUGAUCGAAAUUUCCGAACAUUUUUGUGGACAUAACUGUGAAUAUGGGUCGUUAAGGGUACGAUCAUUUGAUUUCUUUACCUGCACAAUAUCGUUUGCCUUAAGAUUAGUAUAUACUAGGCCAACCAUUAAAAGUCUCUCUGAAGUUCGAAAUCCGCAUGUGUUCCUAGCACGAAUAUAUACGUUUCCUUAUUUCAUGAGACCACUGCAUCGCGAAGGAUCGUCAUGGAUCGUUCGUAGUUCAGAAUUAGGGCAUGCUGUCACAAUGGAAUUGUGAAGCUCUUGUAACUUCUGCAACGUUCUGAAAUCUUGUUAGAACACCCAAACUCUUUUGCCUUUUCUUAAUCUUGGCAAGUUCCGAAUACACUGAGAAUGAAACACAAUCAAACCAUACAACUCCAUAAGACAUAUUAACAAGCAACUCCCCAGAGACAUCCAACAUUUUUGGAAUAAAACGUAUAACAAAAUAUAGUAGCGUUGCUACUGUGAUGCAUGUGUAUUUGCAAAGAGCAAUAUUAUUUCCUUCAUUAAAGAAUAAUAUUCAUCCUGCUCUAACCGAGAAAUAAUCAACUCUGUUUCGAACCCAUGAAAAACAUAAAAAAAAUUAGGCUAUUUAAGAAAAAUUUAAUCGUCUGCCUUGCAUGGUCUUUCAUGUGCCUUUAAGUUUGUAAAGACCUAUUAAAUACUUGCAUAAUUUCGAACGUUCAUAUUUCAGGAAACAAUGAGCUAAGACUUACAUGUAAGAUGUCUAAAUCUACGCCAUAUCCCUUACAAACCCUAACGACAAUUCGCUGAAAUACAAGUUAGCCUGAUAUGUCAUUAAGCAAACAAACGCUGGAGUUAAUAUUUGAUAUGCCGAUUUUCGCUAAUUUUAGACACAUCCCAAAAUAUGCUCCCGAUUUUGAACAUUAAUAUCUCCGUGAAUUUUUAAGUAAAAUACAACUGUAAUAUAUCAAAAUCUAAGUUAGCCCUUCCUCUAUUUAAUGCAAGUUAUUUCUGUUUGAUAGCUUUACUUGUUUAGAAGUUAUUAUAAAUCAAACCGGAGU